GGGCCGAUCUGCGUAGGAGCGGGUGGCGGGGAAGAGAAGGGGGAGAGCUCAGAGUGGGAAGCGGAGCCGCGGGCCUGGGACCCGUCGCGUCAGAGCCAGGCAAGUGAACCGGAGCAAACGACUUCCGAUCCAGUCUGCGCUGCAGCGGCUCCCGUUUGGGAUUUGAUUUGCAGCAUCUUUGAGCUUGUACGACAGAAAAAAAAAAAAAAAAAGCCGCGAAGCACGCCCAGCCCUCGCCCGGCACCCCGCUACGCACCCACUCCCUCCCGGGGACACAGCUGGGCGCGUCCACACCCCCGCACCCCUACAUCAUGUUGUGCGGAAGGACUUCCACUCCCCGCCUGUGCCGUUGAUGUCAGACCCCAGGCCAUCCUCCGGGCGCUGCAGUUCUCCCGGCUAAUGCUGAGGCUGCGGCUCUAGCGCCGCCGUCGCCGCCCCCUCGGCCCCUGGGCCCACCGUCUGCAUGUGCCCGCCUUAGCCGCGUGCCCAGCCCGCAGCCCGCAGCCCGCAGGGAGAGCUGGAGACCACCGCGGGCGGACCCUUCUGCCCUCCGGAGAAGCGAUCUUGGACGUAUUGAUUUCGGUGGUUGGAUUCUUCCCGUGGAUCUAUCAAUUCGGUAUUCGGAUUUGGAAGAAAGAAGGAAAACAUGACGUCUCCAGCCAAAUUCAAAAAGGAUAAGGAGAUCAUAGCAGAGUACGAUACUCAGGUUAAAGAGAUUCGUGCUCAGCUCACAGAGCAGAUGAAAUGCCUGGAUCAGCAGUGUGAACUCCGGGUGCAGCUGCUGCAGGACCUCCAGGACUUCUUCCGGAAGAAGGCUGAGAUUGAGAUGGACUACUCCCGGAACCUGGAGAAGCUGGCUGAGCGCUUUCUGGCCAAGACCCGCAGCACCAAGGACCAGCAAUUCAAAAAGGAUCAAAACGUUCUCUCUCCUGUGAACUGCUGGAACCUCCUCUUAAACCAAGUGAAGCGGGAGAGCAGGGACCACACCACCCUGAGUGACAUCUACCUGAAUAACAUCAUUCCUCGCUUUGUCCAAGUCAGUGAGGACUCAGGAAGACUCUUUAAAAAGAGUAAAGAAGUUGGCCAGCAACUCCAAGAUGAUUUGAUGAAGGUCCUGAACGAGCUCUACUCGGUCAUGAAGACAUAUCACAUGUACAAUGCUGACAGCAUUAGUGCUCAGAGCAAACUGAAGGAGGCGGAGAAGCAGGAGGAGAAGCAAAUUGGUAAAUCGGUGAAGCAAGAGGACCGGCAGACUCCGCGCUCGCCUGACUCCACUGCCAAUGUCCGCAUUGAAGAGAAACAUGUCCGGAGGAGCUCAGUGAAGAAGAUAGAGAAGAUGAAAGAGAAGCGCCAAGCAAAGUACACGGAGAAUAAACUGAAGGCCAUUAAAGCCCGGAAUGAGUACUUACUGGCUUUGGAAGCCACCAAUGCCUCAGUCUUCAAGUACUACAUCCACGACCUGUCCGACCUUAUUGAUCAGUGUUGUGAUUUAGGCUACCAUGCUAGCCUGAACAGGGCUCUGCGCACCUUCCUUUCUGCUGAAUUAAAUCUGGAGCAGUCGAAGCACGAGGGUCUGGAUGCCAUCGAGAAUGCAGUUGAAAAUCUGGAUGCCACAAGUGACAAGCAGCGUCUCAUGGAGAUGUACAACAAUGUCUUCUGUCCCCCUAUGAAGUUUGAGUUCCAGCCCCACAUGGGGGACAUGGCUUCCCAGCUCUGUGCCCAGCAGCCUGUCCAGAGUGAGCUGGUGCAGAGGUGCCAACAGCUACAGUCUCGUUUAUCAACUCUGAAGAUUGAGAACGAAGAGGUAAAGAAGACAAUGGAGGCCACCCUGCAAACCAUCCAGGACAUUGUGACUGUCGAGGAUUUUGAUGUGUCUGACUGCUUCCAGUACAGCAACUCCAUGGAGUCGGUUAAGUCCACCGUUUCAGAAACCUUUAUGAGCAAACCCAGCAUUGCUAAGAGGAGAGCCAACCAGCAAGAGACAGAGCAGUUUUAUUUCACGAAAAUGAAGGAGUACCUAGAGGGCAGGAACCUCAUCACCAAGUUACAAGCCAAGCAUGACCUUCUGCAGAAAACCCUGGGAGAAAGUCAGCGAACAGACUGCAGUCUGGCCAGGCGUAGCUCAACCGUGAGGAAACAGGACUCAGGCCAAGCAAUUCCUCUGGUAGUAGAAAGCUGUAUCCGGUUUAUCAGCAGGCAUGGAUUACAGCAUGAAGGAAUUUUCCGGGUGUCAGGAUCCCAGGUGGAAGUGAAUGACAUCAAAAAUGCUUUUGAGAGAGGAGAAGACCCCCUGGCUGGUGACCAGAAUGACCAUGACAUGGACUCCAUCGCAGGUGUCCUGAAGCUUUACUUCCGGGGGCUGGAACACCCUCUCUUCCCUAAGGACAUCUUCCAUGACCUGACAGCCUGCGUCACUAUGGAAAACCUGCAGGAGAGAGCACUGCACAUCCGCAAAGUCCUCCUGGUCUUACCCAAAACCACUCUGAUCAUCAUGAGAUACCUCUUUGCCUUCCUCAAUCAUUUAUCACAGUUCAGUGAAGAGAACAUGAUGGACCCCUACAACCUCGCCAUAUGCUUCGGACCCUCGCUGAUGUCAGUGCCAGAGGGCCAUGACCAGGUGUCCUGCCAAGCCCACGUGAAUGAGCUGAUCAAAACCAUCAUCAUCCAGCAUGAGAACAUUUUCCCAAACCCCAGGGAGCUGGAGGGCCCUGUCUACAGCAGAGGAGGAAGCCUGGAAGAUUACUGUGACAGCCCUCAUGGAGAGACUACCUCUGCUGAAGAUUCCACCCAGGAUGUGACCACAGAGCAUCACACAAGCGAUGAUGAGUGUGAGCCCAUUGAGGCCAUUGCCAAGUUCGACUAUGUGGGCCGGACAGCACGAGAACUGUCCUUCAAGAAAGGAGCGUCCCUGCUGCUUUACCAGCGGGCAUCCGACGACUGGUGGGAAGGCCGCCACAAUGGCAUCGACGGACUCAUCCCCCAUCAGUACAUCGUGGUCCAAGACACCGAGGACGGUGUCGUGGAGAGGUGCAGCCCCAAGUCUGAGAUUGAGGUCAUUUCUGAGCCACCUGAAGAAAAGGUGACAGCCAGAGCGGGGGCCAGCGGUCCCAGUGGGGGUCAUGUAGCCGAUAUUUAUCUUGCAAACAUCAACAAGCAAAGGAAGCGUCCAGAAUCUGGGAGCAUCCGGAAAACGUUUCGUAGCGACAGCCAUGGGCUGAGCAGUCCCCUGACUGACUCCUCCCCGGGGGUGGGGGCUAGCUGCCGCCCGUCCUCCCAGCCCAUCAUGAGCCAGAGUCUCCCCAAGGAAGGUCCAGAUAAAUGUUCCAUCAGCGGGCAUGGGAGCCUCAACUCCAUCAGCCGCCACUCCUCCCUCAAGAAUCGGCUGGACAGUCCACAGAUCCGGAAGACUGCCACAGCGGGAAGGUCAAAGAGCUUCAAUAGCCAUCGGCCCAUGGACCCUGAAGUCAUUGCACAGGAUAUUGAGGCAACCAUGAACUCGGCCCUGAACGAGCUGCGGGAGCUCGAGCGGCAGAGCAAUGUCAAGCACACCCCCGACGUGGUUCUGGACACCUUGGAGCCCCUCAAAACUUCCCCAGUGGUUGCCCCCACAUCGGAGCCCUCCAGCCCUCUGCACACCCAGCUCCUCAAGGACCCCGAGCCCGCUUUCCAGCGCAGCGCCAGUACCGCCGGGGACAUCGCCUGCGCCUUCCGACCCGUCAAGUCCGUUAAGAUGGCCGCCCCCAUCAAACCACCAGCCACACGGCCCAAGCCCACCGUCUUCCCCAAAACAAAUGCCACCAGCCCUGGUGUCAACUCCUCAGCUUCCCCACAGUCCACUGAUAAGUCUUGUACUGUCUGAGGGGUGUAAUUUAAUUUGUCCUAGACAAAGGGACUCUAGGGACUGACUGUUAUUAAAAUAUUCCUAUUUAACUAGUUUGGGGACUUGAGUUGACGAUUAGAUUCUAAGUUGUUCUUGCAGGAAUUAGCCUCCCCAUCACCCAAAACCUUGAGAAUGAAGCCCUUGUUCCUUGGCCUUCCCUCCUACCGCCCCAUGCAUCCCCCAGUGGUCGUAAUCCAGCCAGUUGCAGUAAUACCGUUCUUAGGUUAGCCAGAGGCAGCGCGUUUCCCAUCAAGUCACUGUGAAAUCUGACAAGGCAAACCAAGAGGACACAGGCCUAAGCCUCAGUCCCCUCAGACCCCUCCAUGCCUUGACCAGACAGUUGGCUCCUGCCACCCAGCUUUCAGUGGCAUCUUGUUUUGGGUACUAAUUGUAGAGACUCAUAGAUAUUCUAUUCCAUUCCUCAUUUUACACACACACACUUCUCAUCUCGCAUGUGUAGCCUCUUCUGCUCCCUGGACAGUCUCUAAGUUAUUAUUGUGGCGGUUCACAUAGGAGCCACCAGGGGCCUCCGUUUCCAUUACAAACUUUGUCCUAACUGGAUCAGAGAACCUCGCCGUUGAAAUCCCUCAAUGGCAUGACAGGAACAGCACAGGGACAGUCCUGGGGUCUGUGUGGGCUCGGGGGCUUUCUCUGCCGUCUCUCCGUUGCUGUGAUUUGCUCAUUGCUGUUGGCUUUGCUCUCCUUCCUGCUCUAGAAGUACAGCCCCAUCUUACCACAGAGCGUUUACAGUUUCUCGGAAUGUAUAGAGCCAUCUCACCUGGAAACUUUGUCUCUGACGGACCAUUUUCCAUUUAAGACAUUUUCCUGUGUAAGAAAGUUUUAUAGUUGAUUCCCUUUAGGCUAAAGACUCUUAAGAAUGUUAAUGCAUAUAUGGCAGGUUUGAAAAAGGUAAGAUAUGGGUUCUUCUGCUGCCCCCAUUAUUUUGGCACUUAGAAACAUAAAAAUGCAUUAUCCUAUCCAAAAAUUAAAUUCAGUUUUGCUAAUCCCAAAGUUGCUCCCGAUGAACAGCCUUAGUUUUGCUGUUGGACAGGGUUCUCUUGCUCUCCUUGCUCUCUCUGUCUCUUCAGGGACCAACGGGGGCUUCGAGAAUUCUGGUCAUAUUCAAGCGAGACUCUAUCCGUUCAAGCCUGUUUUCACUUAUCAGAACAAGGACAGUUAAGAGAACUCUGACCCCACAGGCUCUAAAGUCUUCCAAAGUUAAAAUCUAAAGCAAAGAAAAAAAUGGAUGAUGAUUUUUUUUUCUGAUUUCCCUCUAAACUGCAAAAAAAUGCUACCUUAAGGCUUACUGUAAUUCAGUCUCCAGCCCUAGUGCUCUCCGUCCCAGCCACCUCAGAACCACACCAGCCCAGCAGUACCUGUUUCCUGGGCCUCAGAUAGCAACUCGCAUCCAGUCCUUCCAACACGCAAGCUGUGCCUUGAUUUCAGCUCACUAGACUUGGUAGUUCAGAGGAGAUGGAGGGCGUCUCUUCCUGCAGGGACCAGCUGUGAGGAUGGUUGUUGGUGCUCCGGGAAGUGGUAGGAUUGUUCCUGCCAGGUCUGAAGGAAGACAAGGAGCUUUGUGGGAAAUGACUUGUGAGAAGGAGCACCAUCAGGACAGCCAAGACCCAGGAGAAGCCUCCCUUAGCAGGAAGGGCUGCCCUGCAAGAGGCGACCCACCAGCUUUAGAAUCUCGGUUUUUGUUGCUUUCUUCAGUGGCCUGUCCUUGUCUGUCAGCUGGACUUACACAGGUCCUGAGCCAAGAGGGGCUCUCAUUCCCAAGGAUCUGUUAAAUUGCUGAAAAUGAAGCCCACCCUUCACUUGACAUUCCCAUUCAUCCGGUUGAUCUGCGCUGAUCCCAACCCUGCCCUUUUCCCAGACUCCAGCACUCUCUCUGCUAAGAAAGGAAGAGCAAAGCUUGCUGAAUGCAGUGCAUUAGGCCUGUGCCAUGGCUCCUGCCUUAUUUCUCUCCCAACUCUGCAACAUGGCUUGUGUUUGCUGUCCCUCGGUCAGCGUCCACCUGCUGAUGUGCAUCAGGAACUCAACAAUGUCACUGACGAAAACCAGCUCCCUUUCCCCCAAGCCACCACCACUCUUGGAGCCGAGCUGUCUUCCCCAUCGCUGGUGCUCCAGGUAUCUGAUAGACAGGCCCGGCCGGAGGACUAGGCGCCCACAGGAGGAGAAUCCUCAGUAGAGCUCACUAUAGUCAACUGGAACUGAACUUGCACACUGUGAUUUUCACACCAAGAAGCCAAGAGGAGCUGGCCGCCCAGACCUCGGGAAACCAGUCCUCCUUAGAUGUGCUUGCCAGAAUCAGCAUGAUGCUUCCAAGAGCCCCCGCUGUGCCCCUGGAGGCUUGGAUCCUUUUCCUGGUGUGGACUCUGAAGGCUCAGUUGGGGGAGGGGGGAGAGCAGUGGGGGAGGGCUACCAGCAUCCCAACAUGGACAACAGAGGACUUAGCAGCCAGCAGCCUAGAAACUGGAAACACUGGUCCCAGCCAACCUCCUCAGGGCGCCCGGGUUUCUCCCUAAGAAGAUGAGGGGCGAUGACACCAGCGCCGGGAUGAGCUGACCACUGGAAGGGCUGGUGUCCGUGUAACUUCCUGCGUGCAGAAGAGCAGUUAGAUCCUCCAGGGAAUUGCAAUGUUGUGGCGUCUGACUUGUAUGUCACGUUUGUGUACAAUGGUAUAUUCUUUACAAUAGUGUUGAUAACUGGAAUAUUGUAUGUAUGCUUGGAGAUGCUUCGUGUGAACCUAAGACUGUCACUUGACAGAUGUUGGAUUGGGGAAAAUCCAAAGCACAACUUCAAAAUAAAAUACAUUUUUAGGUUUCCAUCA